AUGAAGCGCAGCCUGAGGAAGAUGCUGCGCCCAGCGGAGAAGAAGGAGCCCCAGGGCGUUAACUACCAGGGCGUGGGCGACAGCAUGGAUGACUCGUUUAAGGUGGAUUUUGAAGGAAAUACAUAUAGAUUGCAAAACUUUAUCAAGAACCUUAAAAAAGUAGGCAAAUAUGAGGAUACAAGCGUCUCUCCUUUGCAUCACGCAGCAGCAGAAGGUCAAGUUGAGUUGAUGAGGAUGAUCAUCAGUGGGUCAUCUUGUGAAGUGCUGAAUGCAAUGGACGAUUAUGGCAAUACUCCUCUGCACUGGGCUGCAGAGAACAACCAGGUUGAAAGCGUGAAGUUUCUUCUCAGCCAAGGAGCAAACCCAAACCUCCGAAACAGUCACAUGAUGGCAGCCCUUCACAUAGCCGUGCAGGGCAUGCACAAUGAGAUGACCAAGGUCUUGACUGAACACAGUAGUACUAAUGUUGAUUUGGAAGGAGAAAAUGGAAACACAGCUGUGUUAACCACAUGCACCAAAGAUAAUAGUGAGGCACUACAAAUUUUGUUAAAUAAAGGAGCUAAGUUGUGUAAAUCAAACAAGUGGGGAGAUUACCCUGUUCACCAGGCUGCCUUUUCAGGUGCCACAAAAUGCAUGGAACUCAUAUUAAAGUAUGGUGAAAAAUGUGGCUACAGUAGACAGUCUCACAUUAACUUUGUGAAUAACAAGAAAGCCAGCCCGCUCCACCUGGCAGUCCAGAGCGGUGACUUGGAAAUGAUUAAAAUGUGCCUGGACAAUGGCGCGCACAUAGACCUGAAGGAGAAUGGCAAGUGCAUGGCCCUGCAUUUUGCUGCAACCCAGGGAGCCACGGAGAUUGUUAAACUGAUGAUCUCAUCCUACUCUGGGAGCAGCGACAUUGUCAACGCGGUGGAUGGAAAUCAUGAGACACUGCUUCACAGGGCCUCAUUAUUUGAUCACCAUGACCUAGCAGACUACUUAAUUUCAGUGGGAGCAGAUAUCAACAUUACUGAUUCAGAAGGACGCUCUCCACUGAUACUAGCAACUGCUUCUGCAUCUUGGAAUAUUGUAAAUUUGCUACUCUCUAAAGGUGCCAAGGUAGACAUAAAAGAUCAUCUUGGGCGUAAUUUUUUACAUUUGACUGUACAGCAACCUUACGGAUUAAAGAAUCUGAGACCUGAGUUUUUGCAGAUGCAGCAUAUCAAGGAGCUGGUGAUGGAUGAGGACAAUGAUGGAUGCACUCCUCUACAUUACGCAUGUAGACAGGGGGUCCCUGUCUCUGUAAAUAACCUCCUUGGUUUUAAUGUGUCCAUUCAUUCCAAAAGCAAAGAUAAGAAGUCACCUCUGCAUUUUGCAGCCAGUUAUGGGCGUAUCAAUACCUGUCAGAGGCUCCUCCAGGAUAUCAGUGAUACAAGGCUUUUGAAUGAAGGGGAUCUUCACGGCAUGACUCCACUCCAUCUGGCAGCAAAAAACGGACAUGACAAAGUAGUUCAACUGCUUCUGAAAAAAGGUGCACUGUUCCUUAGUGACCACAAUGGCUGGACUGCUUUGCAUCAUGCUUCCUUGGGUGGGUACACUCAGACCAUGAAGGUCAUUCUUGAUACUAAUUUGAAGUGCACAGAUCGGCUAGAUGAAGAAGGGAACACGGCGCUCCACUUUGCAGCACGGGAAGGGCACGCUAAAGCUGUUGCACUUCUUCUGAACUACGAUGCUGACAUCCUCCUGAAUAAGCAGCAGGCUUCUUUUCUGCACAUCGCACUUCAUAAUAAGAGGAAGGAGGUGGUUCUUACCACCAUCAGGAGCAAAAGAUGGGAUGAAUGUCUUAAGGUUUUUAUGCAUUGUUCGCCAUGCAAUAAAUGCCCAAUCAUGGAAAUGGUAGAAUACCUCCCUGAAUGCAUGAAAUUUCUUUUAGAUUUCUGCAUGAUACCUUCCACAGAGGACAAAUCCUGCCGAGACUACCACAUUGAAUAUAAUUUCAGAUAUCUUCAAUGUCCACUAGAAUUUACCAGAAAUGAGAAACCUACACACGAAGUUAGAUAUGAGCCUCUUUCAAUCCUCAAUGUUAUGGUACAACACAACCGUAUAGAGCUUCUCAAUCAUCCUGUGUGUAAAGAAUAUUUACUCAUGAAAUGGUGUGCCUAUGGAUUCAGAGCCCAUAUGAUGAACCUAGGAUCUUAUUGUCUUGGCCUAAUACCAAUGACCCUUCUUGUUGUCAAUAUAAAGCCAGGAAUGGCUUUCAACUCAACUGGAAUCAUCAAUGAAACUAAUAAUCAUUUAGAAAAAUUAGACACUACGAAUUCAUACCCAAUAAAAGUUUGUAUGGUUUUAGUCUUUUUAUCAAGUAUAUUUGGAUACUGCAAAGAAGUAAUCCAAAUUUUCCAGCAGAAAAGGAAUUACUUCCUGGAUUACAACAAUGCCUUAGAGUGGAUUAUCUACACAACCAGCAUCAUUUUUGUGCUGCCCUUAUUUGUCAGCAUACCAGCAUAUGUUCAGUGGCAAUGCGGAGCAAUUGCAAUAUUCUUCUAUUGGAUGAACUUCUUGUUGUACCUUCAAAGGUUUGAAAAUUGUGGAAUAUUCAUUGUUAUGUUGGAGGUAAUUUUUAAAACUUUGUUGAGAUCGACAGGAGUAUUUAUCUUCCUACUUUUGGCUUUUGGACUCAGCUUUUAUGUCCUCCUGAAUUUGCAGGAUGCCUUCAGCUCUCCAUUACUUUCCAUAGUCCAGACCUUCAGCAUGAUGCUAGGAGAUAUCAAUUAUCGAGAUGCCUUCCUAGAGCCAUUUUUGAGAAAACAAUUAGCAUAUCCAACUCUGUCCUUUGCACAACUUAUUGUCUUUACAAUGUUUGUCCCAAUUGUCCUCAUGAAUUUACUUAUUGGUUUGGCAGUUGGUGACAUUGCUGAGGUCCAGAAGCAUGCAUCAUUGAAGAGGAUUGCUAUGCAGGUGGAACUUCACACCAGCUUAGAGAAAAAGCUGCCACUCUGGUUCUUACGCAAAGUAGAUCAGAAGUCCACUAUCGUGUAUCCCAACAGACCAAGACAUGGGAAGAUAUUACGUUUAUUUAAUUAUUUUUUUGGUACCCAAGAAACAAGACAAGAAAUACCAAAUGCUGACACAUGUUUAGAAAUGGAGAUAUUGAAACAGAAAUACCGGCUGAAGGACCUCACUUCUCUCUUGGAAAAGCAGCAUGAGCUCAUUAAACUCAUCAUUCAGAAGAUGGAGAUCAUUUCUGAGACAGAGGAUGAAGAUAACCACUGUUCUUUUCAAGACAGGUUCAAAAAAGAGCGGCUAGAACAAAUGAAUAGCAAAUGGAAUUUUGUGUUGAAAGCAGUUAAGACAAAGACACACAGUCCUAAGCAUUAG